UGCCUUCCUCAUCAAAUACCACCCCUCCCCCCCACACACACACUUCCUCGGCCAUGUCCUGAUGGUGCUGUGUGACGUCUAAGCCCGUCCUUCCCGCCCAGGGCUACCAUUGGCUGGGUGGCGGCAUGCUGACCAAUCAAAGCUCAGGGACGUGGUCGCCGCAUUGGCCCGGGAUCCCGCGAGGGGCACGUACACGUACACGUAGACCAGACAGCCUGACGUUGAUGUUGGAGACGUUGAGUUGAGCAAGAUGGCCCCAAAGACCAGAGCCUCGGGACCACCGGCCAAGGCCAGGGAGACGCGAAAGAGGAAGUCCUCCUCUGAGGCCAGGCCCAGUACCCCGAAGAAGGCGCCCAAGGCGGGGAAGAGAGGAAAAGCGGGUCCUGGAGGGAGAGGCAGGAAGAAACGUGCCACUGGGAAAAAGAUGGCAGCCGUGGGAACCCCUGAGGCAGGGAGCGGGCCAGCACCACCCUGGCCCAGCGAGCCGCCGAGCCAGGAGCUUCCUCCGUGCGAGGUGCCUGUGAACGAGGAGCCAGUAAGCGAGCACGACCCACUGAGCCAGGAGACCCAGCUGGAGGAUCCGCUGAGUGACGUGAUCACCAUCUCCAGUACCGCAUCCCAGAGCAGCGACUAAGUUCAGGCCCAGCCACCAGGAGACCGCGGAGGUCUCACCAGCACGUGGAGGGGGGGGCGCCCCCAUGCUGAUGUCAA